AUGGUGUACCUGCCUAUACACCCGAAAGUUGCACAACCCCCGCGGGAGCCUCUGCGUGCACGUCGCGUUCGUCCUUAUGAACGAAUUGCAGCGACAGCACCUGAAAAAGAAACAUUAAAGAAAGACCUUUCAAGCGCAAUGGAAGAAACAGAAAAAGAAAUAGAAGAAACGCUCGGAGGACCGCCAGCUGUUGAACAGCCCGAGAAAGAAAAAGAAGAAAAAGCAAGAUCUAAAGGAAAUUUCCUUACGAAAAUAAUGGAAGAAGCUUCUCGAGUAUUCGCGAUGAUCAAUUUCUGGUAUAAAUAUGAAAAGGAAGCAGGAGCGCAACAAACAGAACCAACAGCAACAGCUUCUUCUGAAUCUGCAGCAUUUAGAGAUAAUGUUCUCCGCAGUCUUCAGCAGCCCUUACCAGCAGCAGGAGGAGCAGCAGAAGGAGCAGCAGCAGCAGCAACAGCAGCAGGAGAUUGCAUGCGUGACUACUCUGUGCAGUGUCCUGAAGGUUUCAUAGAAGAAGGCUCCAACUGUAUAGCCACCGCCUCUUAUAAGGGCCCCUGUGCGCAGCAGCAGCCGGAGCUGCAUAUUCUAAGUGCUGCUGCGAAGGCUGUUUGGGGCUUUGCUUGCAAAGCAGCAUUCCCGUGCAUGCAGGAGCACUGUCCUAACGGCGUAGAUUAUACUCAACCAUGUCCUAUUGGCUUUGUUCUUGAAGCAGAUAAAACUUGCUCAGCAGCAGCCCCAGCCUCUGCUAGCAGCACCACUGCGGCUGCUGCUGCUGCUGCUGCUCGGGAGUGUGCAGGCCCUCUCGCUGCAGCAGUAGCAGCAGGCGACAGCAUAGCGAAGGCGCGUUUAGAGGGAAUGUGCGGCUUGCGGUGGCCGUGUAAGAAGAAGAUUUGUAUAAAAGAUUUCAGCAGCGACUGCCCAACAGGUUGGGUUCAGAAGCAACACAACUCGGGUGUAUGCACAGCUCCACCUACAUACAAAGGCCCUUGUGAAAAAGAAUUAAAUCUAAAAGAAUAUAAAGGCAGCAGCAGCCUUAAACGCGCGUUAGAGAAACGCUGCAACGUAUCUUGGACCUGCAGCAGCAGCAGCAGCAGCAGCAGCAGCAGCAGGGAGAAGCUGCGCGACUUCAGCAGCCCGUGCCCUUUGAGUUGGGUGCUGCAGGAAGACGGAAGCUGCAGAGGGCCGCCCACAUACACCGCAACAGACAAAUGCAGCUCUAACAUUUUUUUAAAAGAUAAAACGCUCGAAGAAAAAGAAAUUAUCGCAUCUGCAUGCAACCUCUACUUCCCGUUCGCCGGUAAGAUAAAACAAAUUUAA